AUGUUUGAGAAAGCACUUUACCUCACAGUGCAGAAGGCUGAUGAAAGUCAUGAUUCAUACAUGGCACGUCAUGAUGCAGCCUUUGAAGACCUCUUGAUGAGAAAGGUCACCAUCGAAGAAGUCAGGGCCUACAUCCUGAUCCGGCAGUCCUUGCUGAGCAGUGAAGAUCGCAAGAAGAUCAUCUUUGAGAGUGGUGGGGCAUUAUCGUAUGACCAGGCGAAGAAGAGCAUCAAGCUGCUGGGGUCGAAGUUCUUCUUGGAGCUCCAGAACAACUCAAAGAUGGUGCCCAAACUCAAGACAUAUGAUGUCAAUCAGGUUGAGGAUGAGACAGUGAUGUAUCAAGAAGCUGAAGAAGAAGUGGACGAAGAAGUUGCCUUUCAGGUGCUCCUGGAAAAUGGUGACGAAGAUGCCUGCUUUGUCAGUGAGUUCGAAGAUCAGAUCUGUGCAGCCUGUCAAGAGUCUCAAGAACUUGCGGCCUGCUUCGUGAGUUACCAGGAGGCCAGAGCUCGUCUGAGAGACAAGGCAAAAUCCAGAGGCUUCUGGCCAUUGGCAGGCUACAAAGGAAAAGGAAAAGGUCGAAAAGGCAAGCCGUUCAUGGGAGCCAGCAACACCAAGGGUGGCUCUGGUCCGGCAGGAUUUCGUCGAAGAAGUCUUGCAGACCGCAUCGCAAACUCCACAUGUAGACGAUGUGGCCAGACAGGACAUUGGAAGAGAGAAUGUCCGAUGUCGUCGAGUCCGGCUGGCAACUCUCUCAUGGCAAAGAAGAACGAUACGGAGUCCUUCACGGGCAUCUCGCAAGUCGAGGGCAAUGGCAACCAAGAUGGCGAACAUGAUAGUGAUCGCAGUGGCUUUGACGUUGUCUAUGAGCUUCCGUGCACUGCGGAGGUCUAUGAUGAGGGCCCACCAGGAGAUAACCUUGUGGUGCAUCCCACAGCAGAAGUUUUUAAUGCAGAGGAGGCCGAUGAUGAAGCCAUCAUCGACACGGGAGCCAGUCGGGCAGUGAUCGGUAGUGAAAGGUUGAAACGUCUUGUGAGGAAUGUGCAGAAACUGGAAACCAAGAUGGUGCCGAGCUAUCUGGAUCGGGUCCUGACCACUCCAACAGACCCGUCGUUGCAGACCUCGACACACCACGAGGAUUUGCCCGAAGUGCUGAUGAGGCCACCAGGCAUCAACACCCUGACAGAUUGGGGAAGAGUCAAGGCAUCGUCAGGAAAGCAUGCCAGCAAACCUUUCGCCACCAUCUACGAGGACGACAGGAUGUACGUGAAGCAGCUAUGGAACAGACGAGGGGUCUCGUCAUGGGUGAGGAGCUUCCAGCUCUACUGUCGCGAGCGGAGGGCAGCCAGUCAGGAAAGACAACGCCUCACACGUGGGGAGGACUCAGGGAAUGUGACUCCUCCGCGUGUCCCGCCGACAGAGCAGACACCCAUUCAACCGAAGGCAAAGAUGUCUCCAAAGGCAAUCCAAGGGGCUUACCCAUCUCGUCAGAUGCUGGAAGAGUCCGAUUGGACAAAGGUGGCAGUCGAGACACCAGUGCCCGAGGAGAGCAAGAACAACAAGAGGGGCAUGACGCCACCGAUCAAGCCCAUGGAGAUACCGAUCAAUCAGGAGAAGGUGAACCAGAUCCAAGCCCAGAUUGCGAUCCUUCAGCGAGAAUUGCUGAGGAUACUGCCAUGGAGAAAGACUGUCAUUGUGGAGCGCAACACAGGUGAGGUCAAGGAAUUGGGCCCUGUUGAGAACUGGGUCAAGUUACCUAGGUUGAAGCAGAUUCGAUCCACUGGGUCUGCAAAACUUUCUGUUACUGUGUUUGGAACUCGUGAUGAACUUGACAAUCCACAAGGGGCAGUUUUUCGUAGUGCUGAGCCCGGCGGAAAUUCGGGUGCCGCUGGAAGUGGCAUAGAUGGUGUAGUACAGCAUCCGGGUGUGGAAGCUGCACCAUAUGGUGAACCGCCAUCGGGUGUUCCGAAUAGUGGAAGUGACCUCCAAAUGGAAGAUGCACCUGAGUUAGAACAAUUGGAAGAGGGAUGGGCCCCAAAGAUAACCCCCAAGUCUGGUCCAGCAUAUCGGGGUUUAACUGGGGUUCAGAAAGGGGAGUUGAGAAAGCUUCACAACAAUCUUGGACAUCCUGACCCCGAAAAGAUGGUAAAAUUUCUAACUGAGAGAGGUGCUCAGGCUGAGGUCAUCGAAGCAGCUCGUGACAUGGUCUGUGACACAUGUGUUGAAUCCCAGGAUCGUCGGAAACGAUCACAGCCAAGUAGGAUACAUGAGGCACUUGAUUUUAAUGAUGUUGUCGGUGCCGAUGGAGCCUACUGGACCAACAAAAAUGGAAAGACUUUUCACUUCAUGCAUUUCAUCGAUGAGGCCACUUUGUACCAUGUUGGGUCAUUGAGUGCUCGGAAGGUAGAGGAUCAGGUUCAAACUUUUCUCAAUACUUGGGUUCAGUGGGCAGGGCCAUGCCGUACCUUGUAUCUAGAUCCAGCCGGUGAAUAUGUCAAUGACACAUGGGCAGCAGUUUUGCAGGGCGAAGGGAUCAAAGUAUCCAUGACAGCUGCUGAGGCACAUUGGCAGAAUGGUAGGGCCGAAGUCCAUGGAAAGGUUAUCAAGGAUAUCCUCUCUAGGAUGGAAAGGGACCGUGUGAUUGAAACUGUUGAGGAGUUUUCACAGUGCCUUCGCCAGGCUUUUGCAGCCAAAAAUUCAUUGAGUCGGGUGCAUGGCUUCACUCCGGAGCAAUGUCUCCUAGGGAAAUCCCGACAUUUGCCUGGAUCUUUGGUGUCAGACGAUGCAGCGACCAGCCAUAGCUUGGCAGAAAGUUCCACUCCGGAAGGGGUCCGAUUUAAAGAAAGCCUUCUGAGACGGGAGCUUGCCCGGAAAGCGUUUGUACAGGCAGACAACGAUUCCUCCUUCAGGAGGGCACUUCUGAGGCAGAGUCGGCCUGGGAAGUUGGAAUAUGAGGCAGGUGACUGGGUCCUUUACUGGAGAAGAACUCGUGGUAGGAGUCGUAUUGAAGUAGGUCGCUGGUAUGGGCCGGCUCAGGUGAUUGCUUGUCAAGAUCCAAAAGUCCUCUGGCUUAGUCACCUGGGUAGAAUCAUCCGUGCAAGUCCGGAACAAAUACGACCAGCAUCCCUACGGGAAUACGCAAAGCUUCCUCGUGAUACCCAAGGUCUUGUGUUGGAUGAGAAGCCACAGGGUCGGGGGUAUAUUGAUUUGGGGAGUUCUGGAAAUGAUUCUGGGGAAGCUGAUGAUGAAGAAAUUCCGGCAAUUGAAAAUAACCAUGAUCCCCCAAUGUCAGAGUUCUCUUACGCGCCUACAACACCAUUGCAAAGCCAGCCGGAAGGGGAGCAGUUUCCGGUAGAGCCAACAGAAAAGAGCAGUGAUGGUGGUGAUGUAGUCCCUCAAGACGGAAGAUAUGUUCCCAUUCCUGAUGAUUCCGAUGAUGGUUUGUUUGGGGAUGAUUGUUUGGUUGUUGAUGAACAUGUUGGGGUUUGGGAAUUAUCACUGCUGGACUAUGAGCUCGAAAAAGAAACUGCGGAAGUCCUAUGUUGUGAACCAAUGGUUUUUGAAGAGACCCUGGUUGCAUCGAGUGAUCGUAAGAAGAGGGUUGAGCUGAGCUAUCGUGACAUGAGUCGUCAUGAGCAGGGUCUUUUUGAUGCUGCCAAACAAAAAGAAGUCAACGCUUGGUUGGCACAUGGGACUGUAAAGAAAUUAGCAAAGGGCUCCCUGAAACCGGAACAAAUCAUGCGGUGUAGAUGGCUGCUGACGUGGAAGGAUCCAUUGCCAGGUACAUCCGAAAAGAGGGCAAAGGCCAGGUUGGUAAUCCCAGGUUUUGAAGACCCAGGUGUAGGGGUUGUACCCAGUGAUGCCCCGACACUUUCCAAGGAUGGAAGGCAAUUGUUGCUUCAGCAAGCAGCAUCGCGGCGCUGGUGUUUGAUGAAUUUCGAUAUCUCCACAGCCUUCCUGAAAGGGGAAGGUGAUGGACGUCCUCUGGGUAUACAUGCACCUCCAGAGAUCAAGAAAGCCCUUCGUAUGAAGGAGGGUGAUCAGUGUUCCCUGGAAGGAGGUCAGCUGCAAUCCAUGGUCACAAGAGCCAAGGUGAAACAUUUGCUGGAAGCAAAUCGGGUUCUGUUCGAAGGAAAGAAGCAUCCAGUGUGCCUGAUGAUUGACAGUCGUCUGUCCCAUGGCAUGGAGCUCCAAAAAGAUCCCACGGGUCGCGAUGUUGGCAGACUCACUGACAAAGAGUAUGGAUUCAAGCAUGUUGAGGGAAUGCUUGCGUACAGAUCACCACUGCGCCGUCCGAUCGCCAUCCUUUCUGUGGCCAUUUGUUCGAACCCACUAAGGUGGUGGGUGGGAGAUUUGGCGCAAAUCACAGUGGAUGGCCAGGACAUGGACUCCUUCGGGGCAGCAAGGCUCUCAUGGGAGGAACUGCGACGUGUCUUCGCACUGGAGGGCUAUGACCAGCAGCUGCUGCCAAGUCAGAUGCCCUUGGACUCGGCCUUCGGCCCUCGCUGUGCCAAGGGUACCCCCGAGGGGGCCCUCCUGGAGGCACCGGACGCCUGGCACUGGAGGUUGGGCGUGCACCUGGUGAGCCAGACGGAUUCCACGGACACUGCGACAGAGGCGGAAGUGCAGAAGGUCCCUCCGGCCGAACCGGCCCUGCCGAGCCAUGCUUCGAGGCCUUCACUGCCUCCAAGCGUAGCAGAGGCAGAACUUCAGAACGUCCCGGACUCGGCGGAACGUUCCUUGCUGGACGAGUUCAGGGCUCCAAAUGGCUUGCUGCCUGCUUGGCCGAACACCUCCGGAAGCCAGCCUGCGGCAGCAAAAUCCAUGCCAUGGGUGCCAUCGGCAGCUCCCAGCCCAUGUGCGAAGGUCCCUGCACCUAUGGCGGAAGCUUCCCUGCUGGAGGAGUUAAACAAAGACUUGCCUGCUUGGCCGAACACCUCUGGAAGCCAGCCUGCGGCAGCAAAAUCCAUGCCAUGGGUGCCAUCGGCAGCUCCUAGCCUGCCAUGUGCGAAGGCCACGCUUCAGAAGGCCCAGCCACCUAUGACGGAACCUUCCCUGCUAGAGGAGUUGAACAGGGACUUGCCCACUGGAGAGAUGCCAUUCGCCUUUAGGAGAUGGGGCCCGCAUGGGCUCGCGGGGUGA